UAUAUGUCUGCUGCUGCCAGCUGUCUGCUGACUGAAGAUCAGUUCCUGUGCUCCAUCUGUCUGGAUGUGUUCACUGAUCCAGUCAGCACACCAUGUGGACACAACUUCUGCAAAACCUGUAUCACUGGACACUGGGAUAAAAAUGUCCACUGUCAGUGUCCCAACUGUAAAGAGGUUUUUGAUUCAAGACCUCAACUGCGGGUCAAUACUUUCAUCUCUGAGAUGGCUGCUCAGUUCAGACAGUCAGCUCAACAGAAAGUCAGCAGCAGCAGCUCAGAGCAGCAAGUUUCUAAACCAGCAGAAGUUCCCUGUGACAUCUGCACUGGAACCAAACUGAAGGCCCUGAAGUCCUGCCUGGUGUGUCUGGAGUCCUACUGUGAGACUCACCUGGAGCGUCAUCUGACAGUUUCACGUCUCAAAAGACAUCAGCUGAUCGACCCUGUAGAGAACCUGGAAGACAGGAUGUGUCCGAAGCACGAUAAACUGCUGGAGCUGUUCUGUAAGACCGACCAGGUGUGUGUCUGCAUGCUCUGCACCAUUUCAGACCACAUGACACACGAUGUUGUUCCUCUUAAAGAAGGAUAUGAAGGAAAGAAGGCCGAGCUCGAGGUUGAAGUUCAGCAGAUGAUCCAGAAGAGACGACUGAAGAUCGAGGAGAUCAAACACUCAGUGGAGCUCAGUAAGGAAGAUGCAGACAGAGAGACAGCAGAUGGUGUUCAGGUCUUCACCGCUCUGAAGGAGUCUGUUGAGAGAAGCCAGGCCGAGCUCAUCGACACGAUCAAAGAGAAGCAGAGAAAGACAGAGAAACAGGCUGAAGGCUUCAUCAAAGAGCUGGAACAGGAAAUCUCUGAGCUGAAGAAGAGAAGCACUGAGGUGGAGCAGCUCUCACAGUCUGAAGACCACCUCCACCUCCUCCAAAGCUUCACCUCCCUGAACGCUGCUCCACCCACCAAAGACUGGACAGAAGUCUGCAUCCGUCCAUCUUCAUAUGAGGGGACUGUGAGGAGAGCUGUGAAUCAGCUGGAGGAGACGCUCAGUAAACAGAUGAAGAAGCUGUUUGAGGCUGAGCUGAAGAGGGUCCAGCAGUCUGCAGUGGAUCUGACACUCGAUCCUGAUACAGCACAUCCUUAUCUCAUCCUGUCUGAUGAUGGAAAACAAGUUAAACAUGGUGAUGUAAAGAAGAAUCUCCCAGACAACCCAGAGAGAUUUGAUACUUGUGUUAAUGUCUUAGCAAAGCAGAGUUUCUCUUCAGGAAGAUUUUACUAUGAGGUUCAGGUUAAAGGGAAGACUGAGUGGGAUUUAGGAGUGGUCAGAGAGUCGAUCAACAGGAAGGGAAAAAUCAGACUGUCACCAAAGAAUGGUUACUGGACAAUAUGGUUGAGGAAUGAAAAUGAGUAUGAUGCUAAUGCUGGCCCUCCAGUCCGUCUCUCUCUGAAGUCUCGGCCUGAGAAGGUGGGGGUGUUUGUGGAUUAUGAGGAGGGUCUGGUCUCCUUUUAUGACGUUGAUGCUGCAGCUCUCAUCUACUCCUUUACUGGCUGCUGCUUCACUGAGAAACUCUACCCAUACUUCGGUCCAUCUCUCAAUCAAGCUGGUAAAAACUCUGCCCCUCUGAUCAUCUCUCCUGUCAAUCACACUGAGUAGAACAACUGCUUGAUUUUCCACAAAAAACAUUCACUAGCAGUCAAUGUAAUAAAUGUGUACUGGUUACGUAAAGUGUAAACAUAGUUGAUUUCACUGAUUCUGAUCUAUGCAUUUUUAGGGACCGAGCACUGAAAGUGCGAGGACCCUAUUCUAAUUUUCUUUAGUUUUUUCUUGAAAUUCAAUCUCAGAUUUAUGUUAAUGACUGCAUUUCCUGCCUUCAAGACAGUUCAAUCACCAGAACAAUGUACUCAUAAAUAAGAAGCUUUAAAUGUCUGGGUGUCAAAUUCAAAACUUUUUAUUGUCUUAUCAUUGUUUAUAUAAGAAGUGUUACAUACUGACACAAAUUACUCAAGAAAGUCAUGUAACCCUUUGUAUGAUAAUGGAAGCUUUUAAAAUAAGGCUUUUUAAGGGUUUUAUUUUGUACCAUGUUAAAUUAAAGGACACAAUAAGGGAUCUUUUUCUUGUGUGUUUUCAAUGUUAAGUUUUAUACAUAUAUGUUCAUAAGUAAUUAUAUAUCAAAGACAAAAAAUGUCUCAACUGUCUGCUGUGUUAUUUCUAUUUUGUUAAAUUCUCAAAUGA